CAAGUAGUGACGUUCUGUGUAAACAGGUCCUGUAGCCGUGGCAGCGGCUGAGUCUGGCUGGCCAAGUCCAGCUGUCGGAAAGAGAAGCUACCUGCAGACAUUAGUCCGGGCUGCAGCCCGCUGCCGCUACGGGGUCGAAAGCUAAACUGUGCUUCUCCAGGGCCGGUACCAUGUUGCACUCAUCUCUGUACCCCCAACAUCUAGCAAAGUUGGCACAUAGUAGGCACUCAAGAAAUAUGUGUUGAAUGAACGAUGCCUGUGACAAGCAACUGGACUUUAUUCUUUCCUGACCCUUGCUCCUAUGACACAUCUCCUCCUGGCUGCCACUGUCCUUCCUUCAGAGCAGACCUUCUCUAGAGAAGCUGGAAGGGAAACAGCAAUGGCCAAGGACAUCCUCGGUGAAGCAGGGCUGCACUUUGAUGAGCUGAACAAGCUGCGGGUGUUGGACCCAGAGGUUACCCAGCAGACCACAGAACUCAAGGAAGAGUGCAAGGACUUUGUAGAUAAAAUUGGCCAAUUUCAGAAAAUAGUUGGUGGUUUAAUUGAGCUUGUUGAUCAACUCGCAAAAGAAGCAGAAAAUGAGAAGAUGAAGGCCAUUGGUGCUCGGAAUUUGCUCAAAUCUAUAGCAAAGCAGAGAGAAGCCCAACAGCAGCAGCUCCAAGCACUAAUAGCAGAAAAGAAAAUGCAGCUCGAAAGGUAUCGAGUUGAAUAUGAAGCUUUGUGUAAAGUAGAAGCAGAACAAAAUGAAUUUAUUGACCAAUUCAUUUUUCAGAAAUGAACUGAAAAUUUCAUUUUAUAGCAGGAGGGCAAAAAAACCCAAACCAAAACCUCUGUACCAUUCCAGUGACUUUGACUAAUGACCUAGUGUGUCAUUCGAGAGGGUGUCUGAGGAGGGCAGCACCUCUGAAGGCAAUGAAAUGAAUUGGGGGGGGGGCGGGCUGUUUCAGACGCCCAUGCAUGUCUGGUGAACACCUGCUGACUACGGUGCCCAGGUUCCACCUCUUGCAUUCUUUGUCUGAAAAAACAGUCUGUAAACUUUGAUUUUUUUUUGUAAAUUCAUAAAUCUUUGGAA